AUGAUGCACGGCCGCAACUUUAAUUCAACAUGCGAGCCGCCAAUGUCUUGUCCCCAGCCGGCUCCAGGAUUCCAGGUGCAACCGAUGAACGCCAGUCCAAUCGCCAGCGCGGAACAGGCUAGCAGCUUGGCAGGUUUCCCCGCCGAGUUCAGCUUCGCGGCCAUUGAUCAUCCCUUGGCCGGUUUCCUUGUCGCCGUGAGACUCCUGCUUUCUAUGGGCAUACCGCUAUUCGCCUGCUACCUUUCUCCCCAGGUCGCCGCGUGGAGUUUCUUCCCCCUCCCAACGCACUCGUAG